AAGUCACAUGGUUUAUCAGUUAGCAUGUAGACUACUAGUUUACGUGUUAUGAAUAUUUCAGUCAGUCCAGUAUAGGCGAUAUGUGCGUUGUAUUGUUGAAACUCUGUAGGUUGAUUUCACUAACUUUUUCGAGGUUGUCACUGAUGAUCAUAUGUUGGAUAUCUUGUCGGUCUUUCCUCUUGAUUUCUACGACGUAGUUACCUGCAUGUAUCCAACGUAAGGCAGUAAAGUUUACACCCUCGAUACAUCUCGACUGUCAUUGGAAAAUAUUUAUUCGUUGCAGAAUGAUGCACUUGUAUAAUCGAAACAUAAACAUGUGUGAAAGAUGGCGAUUCCUGACUUGGCCAUUACAUGGACAGACUUUAACGUUUGGUUUGGACUCGCUGCAUUGUGGUUAACUCCUUUCACCUGGAAUGUUGUUGCAAGACUUGAAUACAGAACACAGUUCCUGACAAAGCUGUUUGGGAACCCCCGACUUGCAUGUACAGCCCUGGCCCUGUGUAUUAUCUCCGCCACUCUCUACAAGAGUUACAGGUUCAAGAUGGCAAUGGACAGUCAGCCUCGCUGCAUUCUGCUCCAAGAGAACUGGAUCCUGUGGCUGGGAUACUUCCUCAUCUACCUGGGUGUGCUGCUGGUUGUCAGUAGUUUCUUAGCUUUAGGAUUCUUUGGUACCUACUUGGGUGAUUAUUUUGGAAUACUCAUGGAUGAGAAAGUAACGAGCUUCCCUUUCAACCUGGUCGGCAAUCCUAUGUAUGUUGGAAGCACAAUCAACUACCUGGGCAUGGCUCUCAUUCGAGCUAGCAGUGCCGGACUGUUUCUGACAGCAGCAGUAGGACUGGCCUACUAUGUAGCAAUUUUAUUUGAGGAACCCUUCACGGAAGAAAUUUACAGGAACAGGAAGAAACAGUCAUAAUCUAAGAUGUCAUGUGUACAGAAGAUCCGUUCCUAUGCAACAUCUUGGUUUUACAUUAUUUUUACACAAUAUUUGUAUUGUAGUUCCAGGCUCGAAUGCAUAUUAGUGGUGCAUUCUCGGAUCCAUGUGUCCCGUUUAGGGAUGGCUGAGGGGCUGUUUUCACUAAUGGGAUAGUAUCUGAUGCAGUUGCAAUAGUAUUGUGAAGUUAUGCAACUAAAAGCAAUAGUAUUGCAACGUAUGCAAUUAUUGCAAUAGUAUUGCGAAGGUAUACACCCACUGCAAUAGUAUUGCAAAGGUAUGCAACUAUAAGCAAUAGUAUAGUGAAGAUAUGCAAUUAUUGCAAUAGUAUUGCAAAGGUAUACAACCACUGCAAUAGUAUUGCAAAGGUAUGCAACUAUAAGCAAUGGUAUAGUGAAGAUAUGCAAUUAUUGCAAUAGUAUUGCAAAGGUAUGCAACCACUGCAAUAGUAUUGCAAAGGUAUGCAACUAUAAGCAAUAGUAUAGUGAAGAUAUGCAAUUAUUGCAAUAGUAUUGCGAAGGUAUACAACCACUGCAAUAGUAUUGCAAAGGUAUGCAACUAUAAGCAAUAGUAUAGUGAAGAUAUGCAAUUAUUGCAAUAGUAUUGCAAAGGUAUGCAACUUUUGCGAUACUAAAACAAUAGUUAUAAACUAAGUUUAAGGCUUGAUGAUUAUCAAAUGAAUGAACCAUAAAGGACAGUGUCAAAGUCGUUUGAUCGGCAUUCUAUAAUUUAGUGAGUCAAUAAUGAAGCAUACGACUUUAUGGAUGACAACUUGUUUAUUGCAAAGAGUCCCGUUACGGUGUAGGUUCUUACACUGUUAUCAAGCUAAAAGUGUUAUCACUGAAAUGUAUCUCUAUCCAAUAAACAAGAAGUUAUUAUCCAUAAAGUCGUGUGCUAAUGGCUGGUUGGAAAUUCAACUGGCUUAUUCUGUGGGUUUGUUUAUGACUAUAGUGCGUUUGGCUCAAAAGCAGACCGAUGUAUUGCAAUCUAACUCGAAAACUUAUAAACAUAAAAUACUCAAUGAAACACUGAUCAU